CAUACAGGAAGAAAAAGACGAAGCUCAGUCUGCUCUGCGAACCUGUUCCCUGCACCUCCCCACCGCAGAUACACGGAGAUAUUAAGGACCAAAUCACUGCUUGACCAGUUUAGCAGGUAUGGCUGAGUUGGCGAGUCUGGUGCAGCGGCUGGAGGUGGCGGUGGGUCGUCUGGAGGCCAUGUCAGGCCCUGGAGAUUCUGCUGGGGGAGCUGUAUCGGUGUACGUCGAGGCUUUUGACGGGAUUGUUAGCGGUCCCGUGGCCCAGUACGUCUCCCUCAGCCAGAAGAUAGGAGGCGAUGUCCAGAAACACGCAGAUAUGAUAAAGCAGGCAUUCUCCAGUCAGAGACAACUCCUCAUGACGGCCUCGUCCUCCCAGAAGCCCUCUGAUGCAGUUUUGACGACCCUCCUGCAGCCGGUGUCCAAAGCCAUCCAGCAGGUGCAGGCGUUCCGCGAGCAGAACCGCACCUCGCCGCACUUCAACCAUCUCUCUGCUGUCAGCGAGAGCGUGCCUGCCCUCGGAUGGGUCGCCAUGGCUCCUAAACCAUGCCCCUAUGUUAAAGAGAUGCUGGAUGCCGCCAUGUUCUACACUAACCGUGUGCUCAAGGAAUUCAAGGAGAAGGACAAGACACAUGUGGACUGGGUGAAGGCCUAUGUCUCCAUCUGGACUGAGCUGCAAAACUACAUCAAACAGCACCACACCACCGGACUGACCUGGAGCAAGAGUGGCCCCAUAGCUUCAGCCACUGGAGCAGCUCCCCGUGCUCCUGCUGGUGGAUGUCCUCCCCCACCUCCCCCUGGACCUCCUCCUCCCCCCAUGGACUUGAGCACAUCCUCUAGUGGCGGUGCCAGUUCUGGUGAUGAGCGUAACGCUUUGUUCGCCUCCAUCAACAAGGGAUCCGACAUCACCAAGGUCCUGAAGCAUGUGAGUGAUGACCAGAAGACCCACAAGAAUCCUGCCCUGAGGGGUCAGAGUGCUCCAGUUCGUACUGGACCCAAACCCUUCAGUUCCCCCACUCCCCGACCUGCCGCCUCUCCCGCCCCGGCCCGCAUUCUGCCCCCUGUGUUGGAGCUGGAUGGGAAGAAGUGGAAAGUGGAGAACCAGGAGGGUGCACAGAACCUGGUGAUCAGCGACACUGAGCUGAAGCAAGUGGUUUAUGCUUACAAGUGUAACAAGAGCACCCUGCAGGUCAAGGGCAAAAUCAACUCCAUCACUGUAGACAACUGUAAGAAAAUGGGGCUGGUGUUUGAUGAUGUCGUGGGCAUCGUAGAGGUCAUCAACUGCAAGGACAUCAAGGUCCAGGUCAUAGGUAAGGUCCCCACCAUCUCCAUCAACAAGACGGACGGUUGCCAUGUUUACCUGAGCGAAGGCUCCCUGAGCUGCGAGAUCGUCAGUGCCAAGAGCUCAGAGAUGAACAUCCUGGUACCCAAAGAUGGAGAAUUUACGGAGCUUCCUGUCCCCGAGCAGUUCAAGACCGUCUGGGACGGCCAGAAGCUCGUUACCACAGCAACAGAGAUUGCCGGAUAGACUGGGGCAGCGUGUGAAAUGGCCGCCCCUCUUCGACACCAUCCCCACCCCUUUUUUGCAAACGCCUACCUGACUGACCAACCACCCCACCAGCUAACUCUCACACUGUAGACUGAGAUUCGGACCUCAUGCGUUAUAUCUCCCUCCCUUCUUCCUUAUCAGCCAAUCACAGCUUAAGCUGUCCCUUCGAUAAGCCAAUGAGAGGACUGCUCGCUUUACCUGGAGCAAAUCCUCCAGCCAAUCAGCAGGGAGCAGCUUGUCAUUCAAAUUGGGUUUCCCUGUGAGUCAGUGAGCACUUUCCAAAAACAGUUCAUAAGUUUUGCCAAUAGCUGGAAUGCUCUGUAUGAUAUUUUUUAUCUAUCUGGAUAAUGCUAAGCUAAAUUGGAUAUUAAGAAUAGCCAACAUGGUUCCUCUGCAACAACAGCACUGCAGCCAGGAGGGCCUGGUGUUGUGGCUUGAUAGGUUUCUGUUUCAUUAUAUGCAAUUCACCGGUGAAGCACUUGUCAAAGACCUUUUUACAGUGGAUAAUGGUAUCCAUAUCACCUCCACUGAUGCUGACUAAAGUUAUUAACAUUUAUAGUGGAUAAUGACAUAUAUAAAAAUGUCAGCACUCUCAAAGCACAUAAGUAGGAGUAAAAACAAGUUGCGUGAAAAACCACUGUCUAUUUCACAUCAUGAAACUCUUCAUCUAGAUGAUAUUGGUGCAAUUAAAAUAGCAGGAAAAAUUAUAACUCCACGUGCUUUCCCUUAAAUCCACCCAUAGGACAUUCCUAAGUAUUAAAAACAUUCCAUAUAAGGAGGCAUGUAAGAAAAAGUUUGCGGUGAAGAGCAAAGAGAUGUCGAUACAAAGUGGCGGAGAAAGAAAAUGACACAAAGAGACUGAAAGACAUAAUCAUUGAUUGUUGUUGAACACUUCACCUCCACCUCAGUCUCUAGAUUGGAAAUAUCAGCUGUAAUCAUCUGUAGAGAUAUGAACAAUUAUUAAAUAGUCUUAAAUAUUAGCCCUCACCAUCAACAUCUCUCCACUUGCUCCUAGCCAUGUCUGCACUCUUCUGUCACCUUCAGCUCUUGUAGCUGUGAAGCUCUUUGCUGAUUUUUAUUUUAUUUUUUUUAUACUGUCUCUUUUUCUUUCACCUCUUUCUUUUUGGGUCCAAAAUCAGACGUCUGCUCAUUAGUACUGGAGACAUCAUUAAAAGUGUUGCAAUAAAAUGAA